GGGGCGAGCCGCCGGGGCGCGGGACUCCGCGGGGGAGGCAGCGGCGGCCCCACCAUGCCGCGGGUUGUCCCCGACCAGAGGAGCAAGUUCGAGAACGAGGAGUUCUUCAGGAAGCUGAGCCGCGAGUGCGAGAUUAAAUACACCGGCUUCAGGGACAGACCCCACGAGGAGCGGCAGGCCCGGUUCCAGAACGCCUGCAGGGACGGCCGCUCCGAGAUCGCUUUUGUGGCCACAGGAACCAAUCUGUCUCUCCAGUUUUUUCCGGCCAGCUGGCAGGGGGAGCAGCGACAGACACCGACCCGGGAAUAUGUCGACUUUGAAAGAGAGGCAGGCAAGGUGUACUUAAAGGCACCUAUGAUUUUGAAUGGUGUCUGUGUUAUCUGGAAAGGCUGGAUAGAUCUGCAGAGACUGGAUGGUAUGGGCUGCCUGGAAUUUGAUGAAGAGAGAGCACAGCAGGAGGAUGCAUUGGCACAACAAGCCUUUGAAGAAGCUCGGAGAAGAACUCGUGAAUUUGAGGACAGAGACAGGUCUCAUCGGGAGGAAAUGGAGGUGAGAGUUUCACAGCUGCUGUCAGUAACUGGCAAGAAGACAACAAGACCCUAGUCCUGGAUCUAACCUAGGAAGUGGCGAUGACCUCAAACUGCGUUAAUCAACAGCUGCAGCAGACAUGCCAUGGGUCUGUGCAUAUGCAUUGCUUAUACUUGGCAAAAGAUUAAAUAAAAGACCAGAAACUGUGAUAACUGGGUUACUAUGGUCUAUUUCCUGACUUGCGGCAGUCACAACCAGCAUGAACUGCCUUGGUUUGCACUAUGUUUGUUACAAUAUCUGCAUUUCCUAUUGUAAGCAUGUAGCCAGUGGCAAUUUGAGAUUGUUUUUCUAUGCAAGCUUAUUUUUGUUGGCACUAUUUUAGUGAAAUGGAAACUUAAGCAGCUAUAAACCAUUUUUCCUCAACUGUAAUAAAAAAAAUUGUCACUUAAAAAUAGGUCAAGACAUUGCAGAUUACAAUUUUUUUUGUUUUUGGUAAAUUGCUGGAAGCCAAGGCUUUCCAAGCUUAAUUUUUUUAUAUGGGCUUUUGGAAGUUUUGGUUGUCAUUAUUGUGCUCCUGCUCUAUUUUAGAUACGCAUUCUUGUCUUUUUUGCCAUUUUCUUCUUUAUCUUCAACAUUUGCAAGACAUUUUAAAGACUGCUGACAUUUUUUGCAUUAUUUACAAGCUAAACCCAGUAGCACAGAGUUGUCAAUCAACUCUCUAACAUGCACGUAUGUUUGUUAAAGUUGCAAUAUCCUUUUAACUGCUAGCAAUUCAUUGGUUCCAUUUUUUUUUAAAUAAAAUGUUUUACAAAUAUUUUUGAUGUCAGUGCAUUCUGCCCCAGGAUCUAACCUAGUUUCUAUUUUGUACUAAAUGAGUUUGGGUGGUUAAUAUAGCCCUGUAUAUAGUACCUACUGAGACUCCUAGGAAGUUGCAGGCUGGCUUCUGUUUUAUUCAGGGAUUUUUUUAAAUAGUUCUGGAAAGGGAUAUUGCAACUUCACAAUUGGAUUUGACAGCAUGUUAAACUGGGGACAAAGGUGAUCAGCUGCAAUAGUGAUAUUGUAUUAAAAAUCAUGUUUAAGAUA